GAAUACGGGUUGCCAGAGUGCAGCGUUUCUAAAGGGCAAAUCCUUUUAUCGUUUAGGGAGGUUGCAGGAUAACGAUGUCAUGUAAUGUGUGCAAAACAGUCCGCAGAGCUGUUAACCUUUCUGGUUAGAAAGCAAUCAAGCUGAGGUGCAAUGGCUACUGCAGCAUAGCAAGCCAAGUAGUAGGCAUAAUUCUUGAGAAUUCUCUCAUAGAAUUGAAUGCUGUACUUGUUGUAUUUUGAUGUUUAAAAGGAGCAGCAUUCAGACAUUUUUGCAUUUUUGAUUCCAGUACCUGCUUAAGAGAUUGUCUUUUGAAAAGAUGGAGGAAGUCAAGGAAAAUGAAGGUAGCAGAGAGAGUCAGGAAGCGGUAGAAAAGGAUGUUGAACCAUCAGAAAAGGAUGUUGAACCAGUAGAAAAGGAUGUUGAACCAGUAGAAAAGGAUGUUGAACCAUCAGAAAAGGAUGUUGAACCAGUAGAAAAGGAUGUUGACAUGAAAGACAAUGAGGAAAAACCACAAAAAUCUAAAGUUUCAAGUGAAGAUAGUGCUGAAGGGGCCCAGAAAGUGAAUGGUUUUGAUAAUGAUUCAAGUAGUGAUAAAAAAGAUGGGGAAGAGGGUGCAGAACCAAUGGAGGUUUCGGAAAAUAACAGUGAUACAAUAUUGGAAAAUGAAGAAAAGAGUGGAAGUGGUCUUAGUAAUGAGGAAGUGGAGUCAAAAACUCAUGAGGAUGAACCCCUCCCUGGUUGGAAAAGAGUAGUUAGAUCUACUGAUCCUCCAGAAGUGCACUUUGUCACACCUACUGGGGAAAAGAUGCUUUCUCUUGACAGUAUCAAAUCUUACUGUGAAACUCACGACAUAAAUGUAGAUUAUUGCAAUUUUAUUUUUUUGGAUAAAAACAGUGGCCCCGAGAGGAGUAACUCUGGCUCCCCUCUUCCCACUAGUUCUCAAUGCGCAUCUCCAUUGCCAGUAAGUGCUGUCAUAGCAGUUGAUAGUAAUUCUGAUAGCCAAAAUUCUACCGAUUUUUCUUCUAAUUCCUCCAAAGUACCUGAAAAGAAAGCGAUAAGUACAUCGGCACUUUUAAGAGCUUACAGACCUACCAAAUCUUCUUCAACUCGCGUGACAAGGAACCAGGCUGCAAACAACCAGAACUCCAAAACUACUACUACUUCAAAUCGAAGUAAAAAUACCGCUACCAACUCAAAUGAUCAAACACCUUAUCCAUCAGAUAUUGUGCCAAGUCUCUUGUUAGACUGCAAAACAGAAACUUUAUCUUUUGCCCAGAUAAGCAAGAUUCAGAAGUUACAAGAAGACCUCUCAAAACUUCAACUUCUACUAUGGAAUGAAAGUCAUCAGGGUGACAAGAAUGGUGGAGCACCACCUUUGAUGAAUGGAACACUAGGAGGAAGCCCAGGUCCUCAACCAUUGACAAAUGGCACAAAUUUGGUUGGUUUGCAAGUUCCACAGUUCGUGUUGCUGCAGAAUGGACAGAUGAUUGGUUCUUCAAUUCCUCAAAGUGCACAGAUGUUACCCAAAGCAUCAUCUUCGGCAGGAGCAUCAGGAGCCCAGCCUCUGUCAACAAACAAUUCUUUUAAUUCUAAGGGUUCUGAUGGGAGUUCUUCAGUGUCUACAAGACAAAGAUCUACCAGAAUCAAUACAAGUUCAAGUAAUUCUGGCCGAAGUUCCCCAGAUAUUCAGGUGGUAAAGGAAAUGAGAAAGCCUACUCACGUUCAAGGCGGUCCGUCCACUGGUCCUAAUGCAUCCACUUCUACAAAUAACAGUAGUAGAAAUACUGGAACAGGAAAAGGUUUCCCUCUUCUUAAUAUAGUGUGUCGACCAAAGAAUAAUCUUCCCCCUUCAGUAGCAAUGGCUCAGCGUAAAGAAUUAGAUGCGAAGGUGAAGUCAGUCCUCUUGAAAUCUGCUCAGGAGUUUGUUGAGUGGCUCUUGAGCGAAGGGUUAAUAAGAACAUCACAGUUCUGCUCACUACAUAAGCUCCAACCCAGCCAGAUGCCUUUCAAACUCAAGCUGGGGAUGUUUUCUGACCCAAAAGUGCUUUCAACGAGUGGUGGAUAUGUGUGGAUAAGUGAAUGUUGUGGAAAAAAAUAUGUGUCUGUGUACAGUGGUUCUAUCUUCGGAUCAACACCAAUAGACAAAGUUCCGCCAACGGCUGUAUUAAAGCUAAUAUACCACUGGGCAUGUCAGACAGCCAUUAUGAAUGUAGAAUCGUGGGUGAAGGUGGACAAAACAUUCAUCAACAAAAUUUAUAAUUACUUACGAUGUGUGUGCUCAGUUAUGCUACAAGAUAAAGUAUAUGAUUUUGGCUUUGAUGGCACCACAGUUGAGCUUGGCAUAGUUAGUCUUGGCACAAGCACAGCAGAUGGCACAAAGAAAGCAGUUAAGGUGGAGAUUUUAGGCCUAUAUGAUAGGAAAAUGAAAUCAUAUCGGCUUUUUGCAUCAGAACCAGAGCCGGGUACUUCUUCACGGCAACGUUUUGUUCGUAUACUCAAACCCCUAGAACGAGUGGUCCAUACCAAUGCAAUUUUAUUGUGUGAUCAGAGUGUUGACCGCAACUGUUUAUACAAUAUGAAUUAUGGAAAGGUUAGUGUGUGUGAGACCAGUGAUAAUGAAGACAACCUUCAGUCAAAUGCCAAGAUCAUGUCAUAUCUACGCAGAUACGUUCCAAAAAUAUUCCAGAGCACACUGUCGCAGCUAACAUUGCAGCAAGUUCAAAUUGUUCUUGAUGAACUGGGCUGGCGUGAGAGAUUUGGUCACUGUGCCGCCCAGGCGUACACGUCAAUGACAGAACACAUUACGUACCUCACAGCGAGAGAGUCUGAAAAUCCUGGUGUUUUGCAUCUACUAGACUUUGUAGCUCAGAAGCCACAGCACAACUGGAGAUACAAGAGUCAGCAUGUUCCCAAAACUUGGCCAGCCCCUUCAACCCUCUAUCAUCAUGAUAACCCAAGUUCAGGCACUAUCAGUCCUCAAGUUAUAAUGGAUAUGCCUUCCACUGCACGAUCACCUCUUGAUCACACAAACAAGGUGGUUUUAACUCCACGGAACAGAGGAACUGCACCCAGAGAUAUUACACCGCCAGUACCACCCAAGCCAGUAACUACCCCUACCCCCCAAAAACUACAACUCAAGAUAGAUGCUGUGGAGCUAGAACCCUUCUAUUAUGGUCAAAUAGAGGGGGAUUCAUCCCUUGGGAGAGAAAUUAAUAACUACUCUUUCUCUUGUCAUAUGUGCAGUGACACAUUCACCACUAACAUAGACUUCUAUACACAUCUGAAAGGUCACAUUGGGCAUACAUCUGAAGAUCACCCCUAUUGUUGUGACUAUUGCACUGACCAUUUUGAGACAGCAGAGGCCAAGGACUAUCAUCAGAAAUUUAGACAUUUGCAGAUGGACACCAGGUAUACAUGGUGUCGAAUUUGUACAGAGAGUUUCCCAGGUGAAUUCCAGCUAGUUAAUCACAUGGCUAAAAAGCAUUAUGAGUGUGAACUCCCCUACAGAUGUGAAGUUUGUAAUUUUACAAGUUCCAUGUACUACAGUGUCAUCAAUCACUUUAAAGUAGAACACAAAGGUUCGCCGUAUGUUCAGUGCCAUUACUGUCUGUCAGUGAAGACCAUCAAUUCAUUGUCUGCGUAUUCAUUUUCUCUACGAAUGUUGCAGCAUCUCACGAAACAUACCACUCAGCAGGGAAAAUGUAAAUCAUGCGUUUUGACGUUCUAUAGCAAAUAUUUGCUUGAUGAACACAAGAAAAAGGACCACAUUAGUCGAAUUAAUGUUGUAGGCAUGCAGAGGUACAAAAUCCCUGAAGGACAUACUCGCAUUAUGUUCCGCCCAUGGGUGAAACGAGGUGCAACUAGUAAUGCCCCAACAGUCCACAUGCAAGUAACAAAUACUGUUGCAAUAUCCACAACAUUGCAGAGACUAGAGAGCUUGGUUGUUGAUGUAGAAGAAGAAAAGAAAUAUUAUUGCAUAGAAUGUGAUGGAAAUCUCACGUUAGAACACCACUUCAGGGCUUACCAAAAGUGCACAAAAUGUACAUAUUCAACUUGCUGUCGCAACAUGGUUAGUAAGCAUGCACAGGUGUUCCACCCUAAUGGAAAAUCAAAGAGUGGCUGUUACAGAAUUGGUCCUCCUAUCAUUAUGCCUGAACCAAUGUACUGCAUAUGUGGCUUUAGUACUCGUAGUGGUAACCAUCUCGCUCGACAUCUUGCGCUGUGUGAGGGGGGCGUUUAUCAGCUUACACCAUCAAUGCUGGAUGCAAUGGUAUACCGUGGUGACCCAAUGACUCCCAGUGCUUUGGCACUAUCAACUUUAGGUUUGAGUAGGAUGCUGCCUGGGAGUGUAACACCUGCCCCUCCGCCUGCGCAAGAAACUGGGGAACCCUCAUUUGAUAUGACUCACUUUAUGACCAUGAGUAUGGAUGUAGAUGAAGAAAAUGAGGAUGAUCCACCCAUGAUGCCAGUGUCUGUUGAAUUAAAUGAAUAAGCAUAAACAUAGUAAGAGAGGAUUGGAGUCGAAGGGAUGUAUUACUGAUCAUGUUAAAUUCUGUAUGCUACUAUAAUUGUAUUUCAUUAUGGAAUACUUGCAUAAGCUGGGAGUGAAGUGGAAUGUGCAUCAUGCUGAAAAGUAAUAAAAAAUGGGAGUAUAUUAAUAUAAUGUAUAUUGUUUAAAGCCUUAAAAGUUUUAUAUUGGUAAGAGGAUCAAUCCAUCUGAAUACAGGAAUUUGUUUUGCCACUACUGUAGUGUAAAAUUCUAUCUAGUUUUCCAUUUUUCCCCUUUUAAAGUAUUUGAAUAAAUCUUUUACAUAUUGCUUUUGCAAGCUAUAUAUGUCAUACAAUGAUUUUGGAAAGUAUCAUUGCUGAAAGAGAGAUCCUGUCUCCUAUUGCUGCUGCUUUCUUCUCUUCUCU